AAUCAUUGCUUCAAAAGCAGGAGCAGUCUCUCCCUCUGUGACUCUCCAUUUUCAGCUGCCGGGAAAUCAUGAUGUUUGCAUUCGGUGAAAUGGGGAUGUUGGUGGCUACCCUCCUGCUCAGUGGUGUCGCUCUCUCAGCUGCUGAUGAUCUGAGUCCCGGCACCAAUUUAACAGGUAUUUUUAACCGUUUAGUUUACACCAGUGGAGCAGGUCUGUUUGGGAAAGCCCUGGUGUUUCCAACCGAGACGGACAACAGCUACGUCACACUGACUCCACAGAAGCCCCUGGAGCUUAAAGCCUUUACUGUCUGCAUGAACGUGGCCACGGAGCUGAAAGGCGAGAGAGAGGUCAUCCUCUUUGCUUACCGCACCAGCAGGUUUGACGAGCUCAACAUCUGGCGAGAGCUGGAUGGGCGCUAUUCCUUCUACCUAAGUGGAGAUGGCGUAUUAUUUGAAAUAGCACAACUAAACACAUUCAAGACCCAGUUGUGUGUCACAUGGGAAUCUGCCACAGGUCUGUCUGCAUUCUGGGUGGAUGGCAAGCGGAGCGUUAGGAAAGUGUACAAACGGGGACACACAAUCCGACCCGAGGGUAAGGUCCUUCUAGGACAGGACCCUGACAGUUUUUUGGGGGAUUUUGAUGCAAAACAGAGUUUUGUUGGUGAAAUAUCUGAUGUUAACAUGUGGGACUAUAUCCUGUCUGAAGGUCAGAUUAAGGCGCUGUAUUCGUGCAGUGGCCAUGUUCCCAAGGGCAACAUUUUAGAUUGGGAGACAACUCCGUAUCAGAUCCAUGGAAGGGUAUUUGUUGCAUCUGCGGACUAGAAUGCAAAUGUCAUUGUAAAAUCAUUCAGUUCUACAUGACAGUGCUAUUGACACGUGCUGUGAAAUACAUAUUCACUUGGAGUGAAAAAAGUGUCUCAUAAAUAUCAGUGUCUGCAGUUUCAAAUAAAAACAAUUUGGUCUCUGUA